UGCUUAUGUAUAGGCUUACAUCAUCAAGAUGCUGUUGUAUAGGCUUACCACGACCAAAUGUCUGGGAGGAGAAAGGGAAAAUCAUCUUCCACCUGAUUUCCACAAGCCUCCAACAAUUUCUUAAUGCUGACUCAUAUUUCAGUAUGUAAAAAUCAUCUUAUUAUAGUUUUAGUAUUCGUCUUCAAAUCCUACAGAAUAUCUCCAAUGGUGACUGGACCUAGUGCAUGCGUGGAACAUACACUCUUGAACGUGCCAACCUGUGCCCUACAGAGACCUACGUAUUUUUCUUUGUAGUAAAUAUAAGUAUAGCACAUACUUAUAUAAAUAGUCCCAACUAAUCAAAUUGAAACUUCAUUAUAUAGUUUGUUAUAUUUAACAACAUAGAUUUAUUUCUUAAAUCCUAUACCCGCUAUAUAAUCGGGAGACACUAAUAUUCCAUCUUCAAUAGAAAACAUAAGCUAUAAACUUGCCUCUAAUUAAGCAAACAAAAUGUGUGCAUUAGUCCCUCCAUUUUUCCCAAACUUUGGGUGGCCGUCGACGGGUGAGUACGAGAGUUACUACCUGUCCGGAGAGAACCUCGACAACUGCACGUUUUUUGAUUUUCCGGUACCAGAGACUUAUGGACUGGUUCAUCAACAGAACAGCUUAGGGGUUUCUAUUUCGUCGGCAGGAAUUGGAAUAGACAAGAGUCCGGUCGUAAACAAGAAGCUUAAACACAAUGCAAGCGAGCGUGACCGUCGCAAGAAGAUCAACUCAUUGUUCUCAUCUCUUCGUUCAUGUCUUCCAGCCUCAGAUCAAUCGAAGAAGUUAAGUAUUCCCCAAACGGUUUCUAGGAGCUUGAAGUACAUACUGGAGCUGCAGGAAGAAGUGAAGAUGCUGAUACAAAAGAAGGAAGAACUCUUGGUGCGAGUAUCCGGUCAAAGAGCCAUUGAACAGCAACCAAAGGUGGUUGCGCAUUAUGUCUCGACCGUGUCUGCGACUAGGCUUGGAGACCAUGAAAUGAUGGUCCAAAUCUCAUCGUCCAAGAUUAAUAACUUUUCGAUAUCUAAUGUGUUAAGUGGGUUAGAAGAAGAUGGGUUUGUUCUUGUGGAUGUUUCAUUGUCAAGGUCUCAAGGAGAAAGGGUUUUCUACACUUUGCAUCUCCAAGUGGACAAUAUUGAUAAUGACAAGCUGAAUUGCACUGAGUUGAGUCAGAGGAUGUUGUACUUGUAUGAGGAAUGUGGGAACUCAUACUAGAGGAUAACUUUUUCUUGUUUCUUUUAGUUAUGUCGUCCCUUUCUCUUGAACAUCUAACAUUCUUGACCAAAGCAUUGUAAUUGAGUUGUUUCGGUUGACUACAUUUCGAUCCAACAUCACUGGUUAGAAAUACUAAUAUUUAGUUUA